CUCAUUCUCCGAUCCUAAACCCUAGAUUCCCAAAAUGUCAGAACCUCAGCCAGCCUCCGAGCUCAGCCACGAGCCUGAGAACGGCGAGAACGGAACGAACGGAGACGCCGCCUCAGUGAGCAAAAAGGCGGCAAAGAAAGAAGCCGCCAAGCAAGAGAAGCUCCGCCGCCGCCAGGAGCAAGAAUCGGCCGCCGCCGCCGCCCGCGCGCAGUCCGCUGACUCGGAGGACCCGCUCGCCGAGAACUACGGCGACUUGCCGCUGAUUCAGCUCCAAUCGAUGAGGAUCGCCGACGUCAAGGACUGGACUGAGGUCGGAGCUCUGACGGAGGCGUUGAAGGACAAGCAGGUUCAGAUACGCGGGCGCGCGCAGACGAUCCGAGCCGUCGGGAAGAACAUGGCGUUCAUUGUGGUGAGAGAGAAGGGGUUCACGGUUCAGUGCGUCGCGACGGUCCAGCCGGAGAUUGUGAGCCGUCAGAUGGUGAAAUACGUGGCGGGGCUGAGCCGCGAGUCGAUUAUUGACAUUGAAGGGAUUGUGUCUGUUCCUGGAACGCCGAUUAUAAGCGCUUCACAGCAGGUGGAGGUGCAAGUCAGAAAGGUGUACUGUAUUAGUAGGGCGGCUGUUUUGCCUAUUAAUGUUGAGGAUGCUGCUCGAAGUGAUGCCGAGAUUGAAAGAGCUAAUCAGGCUGGAGAACAAAUGGUUCGUGUGAACCAGGACACUCGACUGAACUACCGAGUACUCGACUUGCGCACACCAGCUAACCAAGGGAUCUUCAGAAUCCAGAGUCGAGUUGGAACUAUCUUCAGGGAGUUCCUGCUGUCCCAAGGGUUUUUUGAAAUCCACUCACCCAAACUGAUUGCUGGUUCAAGUGAAGGUGGGGCUUCGGUGUUCAAGCUGGACUACAAGGGGCAACCUGCCUGCCUUGCCCAGUCACCUCAGCUCCACAAGCAGAUGUCCAUUUGUGGUGACUUUGGACGUAUUUUUGAGAUCGGACCUGUUUUCAGAGCUGAGGACUCCUACACACACAGGCAUCUAUGUGAGUUCACUGGUCUUGAUGUCGAGAUGGAGAUUAAGUGGAGCUACUUCGAGGUUAUGGAUGUUGUUGACAAGUUGUUUGUUACAAUGUUCAACUAUUUGAACCAAAAUUGCGAGAAAGAAUUUGAUGCCGUAAGGAGGCAGUAUCCCUUUGAACCGCUUAAGUAUCUACCUGAGACUCUACGUCUUACUUUUGCGGAAGGUGUUCAAAUGCUAAAGGAUGCUGGUGUUGAAGUUGAUCCAAUGGGGGACCUUAAUACCGAGGCGGAGAGGAAGUUGGGCCAAUUAGUUCUGGAAAAAUAUAACACUGAGUUCUACAUCCUUCAUCGAUAUCCAUUGGCUGUGAGGCCGUUUUACACCAUGCCUUGCCAUGACAAUAAGGAGUACAGUAAUUCAUUUGACGUCUUCAUUCGAGGUGAGGAGAUUAUAUCCGGAGCGCAACGUGUCCAUGUGCCGGACUUCUUGGCUGAACGUGCUGAAGCACGCGGUAUUGAUGUCAAGACAAUAUCAACAUACAUUGAUUCCUUCAGAUAUGGUGCACCUCCCCAUGGUGGAUUUGGAGUAGGGCUGGAGCGUGUGGUGAUGCUCUUCUGUGGGUUGAACAACAUCCGCAAGACAUCCUUAUUCCCGCGUGAUCCGCUCAGGCUAGCUCCUUGAUUUCCUUGGUCAGCUUAGCAAGCAAGUAGCAGUUUCGUGUUUAGCAUAUAAUGUUGGGAUUUUCUAGUACUUAUAAAUGGUUAUUCAGUUGUUUGAUAUGUCCAACUCGUUCAACUCAUAAUUGGAACAAGCAGUAUGCACGAGGUCCUAUUGAUAUUUCCUUUCCAUAUAUAUGGUUUUUGUUUCAUAGAUGC